AUGAGUGAAACAAAGAAAUGCUUCUCAAAUAGAAAUAAAACAGCGCUAGAUGAAAUUAUUUUUCUUCUCCUCUUAGGUCUUAGAGUAUCACAGUUUAACGGAGAUAAAAGUGGUAGUGGUGCUACCCCUGAUCGUACACAGAAGACUAUUACCAAUUUCAUUACUUCAGGAGAAGCCAAUAGGAAAAAGGACCCUUUUUCAGAUGUUACAGAUCAUGACUUUAUCAGUGAUAUAGAAACUGAUCCUUCGAUUGAUGUUGGGCACACAAGCCAGCUUGAUAGCAGAGAUCCUUUUGAUGGUAAUCAUUCAUUAGAUGUAAAUCACCAAAGCUGCACUCUCUGGAAAAAUGAUGGUGCAGAGAAGGUACAAACUUCUGGUAAUGAUGCUGCAAGUUCUCACCACAGUGCAUGUACAGAGAUGCUUGGAUCAACUUCAUUCCAGGGGAAGUUUGAGGGGAAAAAUGUGAUAGGUCUAUGUUUUUUCAGUCAGGAUCAAAAGCACCGAAUCAAUAGACAAAGCAAAUCCAAGAAGCAAAAGUUGUCGCAGAGAGAGGGCCGAUAUACGCCCAUUGAUUAUUUUUUUGUUAAGGAGUAAUCAAAGCUUUAAGUUAUUAUUGUAUAAUUUGUAUCUUAUUUUACC